AUGGUAGGAAAUCACACGUUGACUAAAUUUGUCCUCUUGGGAAUUACAGACAGUCCGUUGGCACAGGUGCCUCUCUUUGGGUUGUUUCUACUGAUUUACAUUUUCACGUUGGUGGGGAACAUUGGGAUUAUGGUCUUGGUCUGGGCUGCUCCCAGCCUUCACACUCCCAUGUACUUUUUCCUCACCCAUUUUUCAUUUACUGACAUCUGCUAUUCCACAGUCAUCUCCCCCAAAAUGCUAUCAGACCUGUUAUCAGAGAACAAAACAAUUUCUUUUGCUGGUUGUGUGACGCAGUUCCAUGGCUUUGCGUUCUUUGCGACUGCUGAGUGUCACCUCCUUGCUGUCAUGGCCUACGACCGCUAUGUUGCCAUCCGCAACCCGCUGCUCCACGUGGUGGUCAUCUCCAGGUGCCUUUGUCAGCAGUUGGUGGCAGCUUCCUACAUUGUCGCCUUUCUCAGCGCCAUUGUGUACACAGUCUGCACGUUUGGGGGCUCAUUCUGUGGUCCCAACCGGGUUGACCACUUCUUCUGUGAUGCCAGCCCUGUGCUAAAGCUGGUGUGCUCUGACACCCACAGCAGUGAGAUAGUCAUCUUCAUCACUGUUGCCAUAAAUGCCGGGGGCACAAGCAUGGUCAUCUUGCUCUCCUACAUCUGUAUCCUCCACACUGUCCUGAGGAUGCACUCAGCAGGGAGCAGGUCCAGAGCCUUCAACACGUGUGCCUCCCAUUUGAUGGCCAUUUCCCUGUUUUACGGGACGAUUUUCUUCAUGUACCUCCAACCCGCAUCCAGCCAUGGCAGCCUGGACAAGGUGGCCUCUGUGUUCUACACCUUGGUUACCCCCAUGCUCAACCCACUCAUCUACAGCCUGAGGAACAAGGAGGUGAAGGACGCUCUUAAAUCCAGUGGAAGUCAGGAUCUCAAGCUAUAA